UUGACGCGUUAGGGCUCUUGGAAGUGCCUGAAACAUGGGAGGUUGGGAUUUUGAAAGGCUUGCUGGGUCAAUGGAAGAAGUCUGUGGGGAGUUAGAGAGAGGGAGAAGAUGGUUGUCGACUGUGAAACUCUUGCUUGCUCUCAUAGGCCUUGGUGAAUUUGUAAGCGCCCAGUAAAAUUUAUAUUUUCCCACCCCAUUAAACAAUGCCUUUCUCUCACAGUUACAUACCAGUGCAACUGCUUGAAUAGAAACAGGGUUUGUAUGAGUAGGUGUGCGCAGUCUGAGGUUAAAACAAAUAUCACCUGGUAAACAAGGGUGUGUCCUCCUAUACUUAAACCAAGCAAAGGCAGUAGAAAGCUUCAGUUUGUCUCAGCAGGAAUGGUGCUGCUUCUGCUAUUUUCUGCAUACAUGUGUCUGUUCUGAGUGGGAAUUAACUAAUAGCUCCAAAGAAUCCAAAAAGGAAGUCGAAGAAAGGUUAUGAUGGAUCUUAGAAGAAUUCACGAUGCGGACUUCUCUCCUCAUGUGGCAAAUUCCGUUCAGGAGCUGUUGGAGCAAAUAAUAGCAGAACGCGAUGCCUUAUGCCAGGCCUUGGCAUCUCUCAAGGCUGGUUUAGCAAAGCUUGAGAAACGCCUGGAAGACACAGAUCACCGCGUGGGAGCCCUGGAAGCAAAGAUGGUAUCUACUCAAGGCUGCGUUGUCAAACAUGCUACUUUAAUGAAGGAAUUGGCAGUAGGAAAGUUGGUGGCUGACUACAAGCUGGAGACACUAGAAAACAAAUUGCGAGCUCGGAACUUAAGGGUCACAGGUAUCCCAGCAGCCAUUAGAAAUGUGAACCUUAUCCCAUUCAUAGAAAAUCUGUUACCGGCUGCCUUAGAUUUAAAUGACAAACAGGUUCCCAUCUGUAUAGAAAGUGCUUACCGUCUUCCAGCAAAUAAUGCCCAGGUGGGUAAAGGUAGUACUGUAUUAAUCACUCUUUCUGAUUUGCGGCAUCGGGAGAAAAUACUGAAGACAUUCUGGACAACAAACUUCCAUGGACACAAGAUAUCCUUCUUUCCUGAUCUCAGCCCACUGACAUAUGCCCGACGGAAACAUUUUGUGGCUCUCAAGCAACAGUUCCUAAAGGAAGGAGUUCAGGCCUAUGUAUUGUACCCUUCAAAGUUAAAGGUUCUGUACCAGGAGAAAAUGUACAUCUUCAAGGACAUUCAGUCUGCAGAUCACCUACUAGAUGAAAUCCGAAAAGAAAAGAUGACUAUGACUUUGAUCCGCAACAGGCUGGCGCUGCUGGUCCUAGGAAUCCUUGUCACUUUUGUCCUCUACCUGUUGCUUCCUGCAAUCCAGCAUGAAAAAUUUACUGCUUCAGUAGACAUCCCUAAACCACGGGCCAUGGAGGAAGAGGUGAAGAAUGCUGGAAAUGUCACCAUCGCAACAGGGACAAUUUUGCACUCUUCCGUUUUCUUCAGAGAAGCUGUGUUGGUACAAAAAGAUGUGGCUUCCUCCACUGAAAGGCUGGCAGUGAUCUUCUUGCAUGGCCAGUCCUUCACAUCCAAGACAUGGGAGACUCUAGGAACACUGGCUUUGCUUGCAGAGAAUGGCUAUCGUGCAGUGGCUAUUGAUUUGCCUGGUUAUGGGAGCUCCCCACGUUCCGCCUCUGUCGGGACCGCAAAAGGCCGCAUUUCCUUUCUGGAGCAAGUCUUCAAGGACCUGGGUCUUCAGAAGCCCAUUUUGAUCAGCUCAUCUAUGAGUGGCCGAUAUUCCAUUCCAUUUCUCUUUUCUAGUGGAGAACAGCUAAAGGGCUUUGUGUCUAUUGCACCAGUGGGUACAAAAGAUUUUACAGCUCAACAAUAUCAGCAGCUCGAGAUACCAACAUUGAUAAUUUAUGGACAGCGUGAUACUGACUUGGGUGUACAGUCUCUGCAAAAUCUUCAGCAGAUUCCCAGAUCCAGAGUUGUCAUGUUGUUGGGAGCUGGCCAUGCCUGCUAUCUUGAUAAACCUCAGGAGUUCCACAAAGCACUGCUGAGCUUCCUCAGUGAGUUGAAAUGACUGUGGUAUCCCUUCUCAGUUGCUCUACUGAAUCUCAUUUUCCUUUUCCCAGGGAAAAAGUGAAGACUGAAUGUCUGUUACAUAACCUGGAUAUGAUGUGCAUAUAAAUCUGGUUCUUUAUACUUCAAGGGCUAUAGAGCUUGACUGUUGAUAGAAGAAUUUAUCUCUACUUUUUUGUGGGGUUAUUUCUUUUACAAGUGCUCAAGGUAUAGUUGCCAGAAUCCUACAAACUGGCAGAAGUAUUGGAUCAAGGGCAUACAAAGCAAGGUAGCAUUUUCACAACAUGCUUGAAAAGACUGAAGAACUUGGAUCUGCACAUCACUAUUUGAUAUUCAUUCCUUUUAAGAACUGAUCUCUCCAGCGAAAGGUACAACCUCUACUCUAAUAUCUUAUUUCAGGAACCUGGGCCACAGAUAUUAUCUCAAGAUUGAUAAUUUUUUUCAUUAACUACCAUCUACUACUUUUAGUGUGCAUACUUCUGUUUUGAGUGUGUUUUCUUGUACUUUUUAUCUUAAUUCUACUGUUGUGGUUUGGAGGGUCUGCUUCAGUUUUUUUUAGCAGUGGAAGGAGACAAAAUUGAUGUGCUUGUCCUUGCUAGGAGCAGGUAAUAUUUGAAAUUGCCCAACAGACAUUUGGGAAAUCUGAAGAAAAACAUUAGGGGAAAAAAUGACACAUUUUAAAGUGUAUUUUUCCUUUAACAUUGAUGACCAUUGUAAUCCAUUGGUUGCCCAGCUGUAACAUGCUGACUCUCUGUGAAUGAAGUAGUUAGAAUGUGUCAUCCAGACUCACCUGAUAAGGAGAAUAUGGAAGACAUAAGGAGAAUGAGUCAACCUUUUGGAGAAGCAUACUCCACAUGUUAGGAGGGGAAUAAUUUUUCCUACUCAUUAGGUCAUACAUUAUCUAGGUUUUUGAGUGUUGCAAACUGUUUAAGGGUUAAUAAAUUGUUUAUACUG